GAUGAACAUUUUUUCCAGUGUAAAUCGCGACUCGAACAAAAUUGAAAAAUAAAAAAACUCCAAUAAAUUUUAAGUUUAGCGCAUAUACCUAUUAAAUUCUAUUUAUAAAAUAGUGCCAUAAUGAAUAAACUAGUUCAAUUAAUUGUGCUCCUAGUAGUCUUUUCCCGGAGCAUCGAAUGUUUGCAGAAGGAAAUGACUAUUAUUGUUCCUCCGGGAGGGAAGGACUGUUUUCACGAAAGUGGUCUUGCUGGGCAAACGGUUGAUAUCGAAUACCAAGUGAUCGAUGGAUCUCAUGGAGAUUUGGACAUAAGUUUCGAUUUAAACGAUUCUACCGGGCGAUUGAUCUUUGCCGAUUACAAGAAGUCGGACAAUAUUCACCGGUACAAACUGCCACAUGAUACGGAGCUACAGUUCUGUUUCAACAAUGAAUUCAGCCGAAUCAACAGCAAAACGGUGUUUUUUGAAAUCAUCCUGGAAAACGAAGACGAAGAUGCUGGAUGGAGUAAUUUUGAUAUUUUGGAGGGCUUAUCGCCAGACGAGUUUUACGAUAUGAAGGUGCAGGAUAUUGAGGAUAUUAUCAAACGCGUUCGCAACAAUCUCACAAAAGCGCGUCAGUUCCAAGAUAUGCUCCGUUCACACGAGGCCCGUGAUCGGAAUGUGGCCGAGGAAAAUUAUUUCAAGGUAAACACGUGGUCUUUCUUUCAGAUUAUCAUUAUGGUUGGUGUAGGAUUUUGCCAAGUGAUAAUGGUAAAAAGCCUCUUCGAUACAGAAUCUAAAGCGCACAAGCUAUGGAGAAAAUCGUAAACCUUUUGAACCUUCUCCCGAAGAUCUCUUGUAACCCCUUUUUUAUCUGACAUACCUACCCAAUUCUCUCGGUUUGUUUCAACAAACCAAAAUCUUCUUCUACCAAAGAAAUCUUACACGACGGGAUUUAAAACUAGAAUAAAUAAUGACAUUUUUAAUACAACUUUGAUGGUAUUAGAGUUG